GUCAUGCUUAGACAAUAGAAACUGAAAGUUGUUAUGGCAGAGAGGGAAAACGAACCUUAGGUGAGUGUGAGGGUGUGGAUCAGCUGAGGCAGAGUGUAUAUAAAGGCUGAGCACUUCAACUUAGCUGCUGCUGCUCGAGCAUCAUUUACGUUUCCACGUUUGAAGACUUGAAGUGAAAAAGUCAUCACAAGACUACAACCAACAUGGAUAUAACUAUUAACAUGCUGGGUGAGUCCCACACUCUGACCGUGAACCCACAGGACACAGUUGGCUCUCUGAAAAUAAAAAUCUACAAGAAACUGGAAGUCAACCCUCAGACGCAGAAACUGGUUUUCAUAAACGGCCAGAAGACCCCUCUCAACGAUGACUCCAAACCCAUCAGCUACUACGGCUUACAGCACGGCUCCCAGGUGUCCCUGCUGGUCACCGAGCCUCCUCCGCCUGCUCCCAUCCAGGUGUUCCUCAGAAAUGAAAAGGGACACUCCAGCACCUACGACAUCAGGCUCGACGAGACUGUGAGCAACUUCAAGAACAGAGUCGAGAAAAGAGAGGGGGUGCCAGCGAGCCAGCAGAGGCUCAUUCACCAAGGCCGGGAGAUGCAGGAUGGCAAACUGGAGGACUACAACAUCAGAAACCACAGCACCAUCUACAUGUUUUUCCGUCUGAGAGGAGGCUGAGGACACUUUAACAUGAUCCAUACACCAGAAAAAAAAUGUAUACUAUAGAAUCUUAAUAAGUUUGACUAAUCUUGUAUUUAUUUUUUUAUUCACUGUUCUCAUUAUGUGUUGUGUAACAAGUUAGCAAAUCUGUGUUUUCAUUUGGCACAACGAACAACUGUAAUUCAUACAAAUCAGCAUUUUAUGGACUCUGUCAUGACAAAUACAUGUUACCUGCAAUACUACAGAGAAUAAAGUUUCCAAUAGAAGUUUUUCUCUCUUCGCAUUUCCUGUGUCCAUGACAGCUCAAGAAGGGAGGGAGGGGGACUGUCAUUCUUAAAGUUUAUGAGACUCUCAGUCAUAUAAACUAAUGUAUUUUACUAGAUAAAUUUUAAAAUAUAUAUAAUUCCAGUCGAGUAUUUAAAAUGUUAUAGCAGCAUUUUUAUUUUAUUAUUUUUUUGUAGUUGCUUUAGUCUUUUAUUUUUUAUUGUUGACAGGCAACAGAGAGAGAAACAGGAAGAUAAAGACUGACUAUCCAAU